AUGUCGAUCGAUCGAUCACCUCGGUCGCAUUGGCCUCUGGCCUCAGAGGAGCUCAGUGCUGGAACACGAAUGAUGCCCCCCAAUGAGCCUUCCAGCCCUCAGCUGGUUGUGUGCUUCACUCACCCACCACCAUCACUACCAUCCCUGGGUCCAGUCUUGAAGUCAACUAACGAGGCAAUAUAUGCAGUUAACCCGAAAUACGUACUUAUACAGUAG